AUGAGUUGAACACAACUUGGCACUGGCACGAUUAGUCAGUGUUGUAUAAACUACGCAGCCCAAGCCCACGUUUCGUUAACGAUUCUGCGAGUGGCACGAAAUAUUUUUAACCACUAAAAAAAUAUAACACAGUACAUUACUGUGAAUUUAAAUGAUACUUGCAAAGUGUGAAAUAAUUUUUAUUUUAUAAAUUUAAAAAAGAAUUACCGUGAUAAAUAUCAAUAUACAAUUAUUAUCUGUCAAGUGCCAUUGGGAAUUGAUUUGAUCUACUAUUUUUUUUUAAAAUGAGGAUUCCUGUCAAACAUCCAUGGACAUUACCUAAACGUUUGCUGGGAACGUUCGUCAUCUUGGCUAGCAUAGGAAGAAUACAAAGUGAACAAAAAUCCAGCAAGCAACCAAACAUCGUCGUCAUCGUAGCUGACGAUUUGGGCUGGAACGACGUGAGUUUUCAUGGAGCGGAUCAAAUACCUACACCGAAUAUAGACGCUCUGGCAUACAAUGGUGUCAUUCUCAAUCGCCACUACGUCCUUCCAACUUGUACGCCCUCGAGGACAGCUUUCUUUACCGGCCGUUACCCUAUCAGAACUGGAAUGCAGGGCAAACCUUUGUCAGUUGGUGAACCUCGAGGAAUUCCGCUAAAUGUGAGGUUACUUCCGGAACAUCUUCGAAAUUUAGGAUACCGCACCAGAUUGGUAGGAAAAUGGCACGUUGGUUAUUAUACUAACGAGCAUACGCCAACCCGACGUGGAUUCGAGAGUUUCUACGGCCACUACAGUGGUUACAUAAGUUACUUCAAUUAUACCAUAAGUAAAAACAAUCACACUGGCUUUGAUUUGCAUCAAGACACGGCAAGUACUUUAGAGAUGAGACGUAAUAGCAAUUACGCAACUGACGUCUUUACUGAAGAGGCUGUGAAGGUAAUUGAAAACCAUGACGCGACCGAACCACUUUAUCUACACCUAGCGCAUCCAGCGCCACAUAGCAGCGAAGCAAAGGAAGUAGUUGAGGUUCGAAAUAUGAGUGAAGUCAAUUCUAGGUUUGGGUACAUCGAGAAUAUCAACAGGAGAAAGUUUGCAGGUAUGAUGAUGGCUCUGGACCAAUCCGUGGGACGUAUAGUGAAAGCUCUUGGUGAUGCUAACAUGCUUGACAAUUCUAUAAUUGUAUUUAUGGCUGACAACGGAGCCCAGACCGAAGGAUUUCUGGAGAAUUAUGGCUCGAAUUAUCCUUUACGUGGGUUGAAAUUUACACAUUACGAUGGCGGAGUACGUGGCGUAGCUUGUAUUUAUUCACCAUUGAUUAAAAAUAAUUCCCGCGUCUCGGAACAGUUGCUUCAUGUUACCGAUUGGUUACCGACGUUCUAUUCUCUGGCUGGUGGGGACGUUAAUGAUCUUGGGGAUAUCGAUGGUCUAGACCAAUGGUCGGCGAUAAGCCUAGCCGAGAAUAGCGCACGAGAAUCUUUAUUAAUUAACAUUGACGAUGCUGUAAAUCUUAGGGGUGUUGUUUCUGGAAAAUUCAAAUUGAUCGAAGGUGCUGCUGAUCUAUAUGGAAAUUAUUAUGGUGAUACUGGAAAUAAUAAUUCCUAUCCGGAAUACAAUAUCACAGAAAUUCUUGAAUCUGACGCGGGACUUGCUAUCACCAGUAUAGGAAAUUCUUUACUUACGGAAACAAAAAUCCUUAAUCUUCGAUCAGCCAGUAUAGUUAGAUGUAAUAAUUUUACUGACUUUGCAAACUGCAGCGACACCUGUCUUUUCAAUCUUCAAAACGAUCCCUGUGAGACUACUGAUGUGUCUGCUGAUUAUCCUGAGAUUUUUAUCAGUUUAAGUAAAAUGAUAGAAAUUUUUGAAUCCGAGCUAGUACCACAAACGAAUACAGACGUCGAUCCAGCAUCUUAUCCAGAAAAAUUCAAUGGAUUCUGGAUGCCUUGGGUAGCGAGUGAUAGCUCCACUAUAAUCGCUACAUCUUCAUUAAUUGGUUUAAUUAAUAUUUUAUUACAUAUUUUCAGUCUGAUAUUUUUCUCUUAGUCUUAAUUUGUAAUUCGAUUUCACGCGCUGAUUGAAAAUAAUAAUAAUGUAAAGUUUGUUA